AGUCCUGGUAAUGCUGAGACAGACGGUGAGCGGGUGGGUUUAUUUUUGGGUCAGUGACAGUGUGUCAAUGGCCGCAGAUGCAUCGGAAAGGAAGGCUCUGAGAUACAAGCAAACCCUGCUCUAUGGGGAGUACCAGGAGCACCAAGGAGGCUCCGGCAGACGGGAGGCCACGCGCCUCCUGACAGAGAGACAGAUCAAGAAGCAUGGCAACCAUCACCGCUGCCACGGGAGGACACGGCACGGGCAUAGCCGGCGUGGCCAAAAUGGAUACCACAGUCGCCAUGGACAUCAGCACAGCUCUUACAGCAGGCAAAGGAACAGGCGUCAGUCUAACAUGGAAACUGAGGCUGCUGAUGAGCAAACAGCUGAACCUGACCUCACAUCCUCUAUGAAGAAGAAGCGCUCCUACUCCAAGUGUAGAGACUGCAUAGCACGGGUGCAGCGGUUCCUCGUGACCAGGUUGGGAGAAGACUGGAUCUUCCUGGUUCUGCUGGGCAUCACGAUGGCACUGGUCAGCUGGACAAUGGACUACGCCAGCGCAAAGAGCCUCGAAGCCUAUAAGUGGAUUUAUGGGGAGCUGAGGGGGAACAUCCCCCUGCAGUACCUGGCCUGGGUUUCAUAUCCCCUGAUGUUCAUCCUGUUCUCAUCCCUCUUCUGUCACUUGGUUUCUCCUCAAGCUAUCGGUUCUGGUAUCCCAGAGUUGAAGACCAUCCUGAGAGGUGUGGUGCUAAAGGAAUAUUUAACUCUCAAGGCCUUUAUUGCUAAAGUCAUCGGUCUGACUGCUGCCCUGGGUAGCGGCAUGCCUGUAGGCAAAGAGGGCCCGUUUGUUCACAUUGCAAGUAUCUGUGCUGCAGUUCUCAGCAGGUUCAUGUCCUUCUUUUCAGGAUUUUAUCAGAAUCCAUACUGUUAUACAGACAUCCUAACAGUGGGCUGCGCUGUUGGCGUGGGCUGUUGCUUUGGCACUCCACUUGGAGGUGUGCUCUUCAGUAUAGAGGUAACAUCUACAUAUUUUGCUGUGAGAAACUACUGGAGAGGAUACUUUGCUGCUACGUUUAGUGCCUUCAUCUUCAGAGUGUUAUCAGUGUUUAACAAAGAUGCAGUAACCAUCACUGCUCUGUUCAGGACAAACUUUCGUAUGGAUUUCCCUUUCGACCUGCAGGAGCUGCCGGCGUUCGCCAUCAUUGGGAUUUCCUGUGGCUUCCUGGGGGCGUUCUUCGUUUAUCUCAACAGACACGUGGUGCUCUUCAUGAGACGACCCAAUGCUAUGACCCGCUUCCUGACCAAACAUCGGCUCGUAUUUCCCGCUGUGGUAACGCUGGUCAUCGCCACCUUGACCUUCCCGCCGGGGUUCGGACAGUUCAUGGCAGGAGAGCUGAUGCCCAGGGAGUGCAUCAAUUCUUUGUUUGAUAACUUUACGUGGACGAAGAUUUCGGGUUCUCCUCCUCCGGUGGGUCUGGGCCGCUCUGCCGCCUGGCUGCACCCUGAUGUCAGCGUGUUCCUUAUCCUGCUGCUCUUCUUCAUCAUGAAGUUCUGGAUGUCUGCAGUGGCCACCACCAUGCCCAUUCCAUCUGGAGCCUUCAUGCCUGUCUUCAUACUGGGCGCUGCGUUUGGCAGGCUGGUAGGGGAGAUUAUGGCCACGCUGUUUCCUCACGGGAUUGUGUUUGACGGCAUCCUUUACCGCAUCAUCCCCGGAGGGUACGCAGUCAUUGGAGCGGCGGCAUUGACCGGUGCGGUGACUCACACAGUGUCCACGGCGGUUAUAUGCUUUGAGCUGACAGGCCAGAUCUCCCACAUCCUGCCCAUGAUGGUGGCAGUAAUCCUGGCCAACAUGGUGGCCCAGGGCCUGCAGCCCUCCCUGUACGACUCCAUCAUCCAGGUGAAGAAGCUUCCAUACCUGCCGGAGCUCGGCUUUGGACACAUGAGCCAAUACAACAUCUUUGUAGGGGACAUCAUGGUGAGGAAGGUGAACUUUAUAUCGUCUCACUCCACCUACAGAGAAGUCAAACUCCUGCUGGAUUCCUCUUCACUCAAAUCAAUCCCCCUGGUUGACUCCAAAGAGUCGAUGAUCCUCCUGGGCAGCAUUGACAGGUUGGAGCUUCUGGCUCUCUGUGAUUGGUGGUUGUCCCCAGAGAGGAGGCUCCUCAUGCAGGGUCGCAGCUUACAGGAGCAGAACCAGUCUCAGAAACACAGCUGGGAGUCCUUCGCCUUCGUGGAUGAGGAAGAAGAGGAGGAUGGAGAGAAGGGCAGUCCAGCCCAGGAGGAGAGGAACGGCCCCCUGCCUCCUCCAAAACCCCAGGAGCCUUCAUCAAACCACACUGCUCCUGUUCCUGAAAAAGGUCCUCUGCAGUCUGUGAGGAAAACACUCAGGAAUCUCUUCACCUCUAAGAGCAGACAGACAGAGGGACAGUCACAGGAGCCCUGUCCUCCUCCCCUGUCAGACACGAUGACACCAGAAGAGAUCAAAGCGUGGGAAGAGGCAGAGAUGGACAAGCCGAUGGCAAUCGAUGAGAUUCGAGUAGACCCUUCCCCUUUCCAGCUGGUUGAGAGAACAUCAUUACACAAGACUCACACCUUAUUCUCACUGCUGGGCCUAAGUCAUGCUUAUGUGACCAGUAUUGGCAAACUGGUUGGAGUGGUGGCUCUGAAAGAGCUCCAGAAGGCCAUCGAAGGCUCCACCCGCUCCGGCGUCCGGCUUCGUCCUCCUCUGGCAAGCUUUCGCGACAUCAGCAACCACAACUCUGUCUCUAAACCUCCACCUUCUUCUCCCACCGCUCCUUCCUCUCCAACCUCCACCUCCCCUUCCUCAGCACCAACUUCUCCGCAGUCUCCCUCCUCCUCUCAUCCUCACCAUCACCAUGAGAACGAGACAGAGGUGUGGAUCGAGGGCGUGACGAGGGAGAUGGAGGAGAGCAGCAGUAGCAGCACAGGAAGUGGCGUCGUCAGCAGCAGCGGGGGGGCUUGCAGCUUGACCAGUAGGAGUUGCAGCUACAACAGCAACCUCACCCUCCCUCCCUCCUCCACUCCUCCCCCGGUCCCUGCUUCCUCCACUCCACCUCCUUCUCCUUCCUCCUCCUCCAUCCCUCUCUCCACCCUGAUGCCCCUACAGGGACUCCUUGAGGGGGGUGAAGACAGCGAUGAUGAGCCAAUGGUUUAGAUUAGACCAGAGUGAUGGUUAUGUUUUUUAUAAUGAAGAACUUUUUUAAUGGUGUGAGUUUUUCCUUCUGUUCUUAAUUUGUUGCUCUAGUCUUUUGACACUCAUUUACCUCUUUUUAUCCCACUGUUCCUGUCUGCUCAUUUCACAGACCCUCACCUGAUUCUUCACUCUGCCCAUCCUCUAAAAGUGAACCCAGUGAAUCUCUACACUGUAGUUCUGCAUUACCUGAUCAUUUAUGUGUCUUUGAAAAAUCGGUUGUUAUCGGAUGAGAGCACCAGCUAUUGAUUUUUUUUUUUUUUAAACUGGCAACAGUGGACUAAUGGAGCUGCUUCACUGUGGAUGAUUGGUCAAAGCCCCAAAACGACCUCCAAACUGUGUGCUGACCUUGUGGAUGCAGCCUCAGAGCUCAUCUCAUCACGGUUAAGUUGAUAGAUGGUGAAGCUAAAGGCGGCUGACGACAGUCAAACCCCACUGCAUUUUCCCUAACAAGAUCAUUUUAGAUAAUUUAGACUUAUGAUGAAGAUAAUGUUGCACAAAGAUAAAGAAACGCAACAAACACAACACAACAGCAGGAGCUUUUCUGUCGUCCUGGGAUGGGAUUCUUCCCUCGCUUUGUGGCUGUGUCUUACUGUUAAAGCAUCAGGGAGAGUUCAGCUGAAUGAAGGAGUCUUUGAAACUAACAGUGCUUAACUGAAAACCGAAACACUUAACUGAAAGAUUUUUUUCCAUCUACCAAAUUAAAUUCUGAUACUGAUAAUUCUGAAAGCGCCCCCCCGCCCCCCACCCCAAGCUCAGUUACUGUUUAUGACACUAUAUGUUGAGAUGUUUAAUCUGAAGAGCUUCUUGGUGACUACCUUAAUAAUUGCUUUCAUACAUUGUUGAACUGUUUUCUUUUAUCACUCCAUCUCCUCUCACACUCUUUUCUCUUUAUCAUCUUCCGGACUCAGUUUCUCAGGUGCUGCUUCAAAAGUCUUUAAAGCUGCCGAUUUAACAAAAAGCUUUUUCUUUAUGUCUGUUUAAAUUGAAAUGUGUGUCUGUUUCUUAAAGGGGUGUGUGCGUGUCGGGGGGGUGCUCUGUACUAUUUGUUUUGUCUGUCUGUGGUUGUGGUUAUUGUAUUUUAUUUAUUUAUCUUUUAGUAGACUCAGAUGUUAUCUCAAAAUUUAUAAAACUGUGAAAAAUGUAGCUAAAUAAAGUUUUCUAAAGUGA